CACUCGCCGCCGCCUCACGUGCCUCCCGCUGCGGUUUUCUAGAACGAACGAAGCAAAGCACCGUAUUUUCGUCCAGGUCGAAUCGACAGUCGAGUCCAUUGCGAAGACCGACCCCCGGUCUUCGUGCAUUUCAACAUGUCCGGCUCCGGACACGCGCCCUAUGCGCCUGAUUAUGCUUCAUACAACUGGACGGGCGCCCCGGCCGACUAUUCUCUCUCCACAAACCCCGAUCUAGGCGGAAAUUCACGAACGGAGAAUCUGAACAAAUGGUUUCAAUCGGGUGACCAGGCCUACAUCAUCGUGUCCUCGGCCAUGGUGCUGGUCAUGGUGCCCGGUCUUGGUUUCCUCUACUCCGGUCUGGCACGCCGCAAGUCCGCGCUCAGUAUGAUCUGGGCCUGUAUGGGCUCAAUGUCUGUCAUCAUCUUCCAGUGGUAUUUCUGGGGAUACUCGCUCGCCUUCUCUCCUACAGCCACCAACGGCUACAUUGGCAACCUCCGCAACUUUGGUCUGAUGAAAACCCUGGCCGACCCGAGUCCUGCUUCACCCCUCAUUCCGGGGCUCCUCUUUGCUUUCUACGAGAUGCAAUUCGCCGCCGUUACUGCGGCCAUCGUCAUGGGUGCCGUAGCUGAGCGUGGUCGCAUGCUUCCCGCCAUGGUUUUCACCUUCAUCUGGGCCACUAUCGUCUACUGCCCCUUGGCCUGCUGGGCCUGGAACUCCAACGGUUGGGCCUACAAAUACGGUGUGAUGGACUAUGCCGGUGGUGGUCCCGUCGAAAUCGGAUCGGGCUUGUCGGCCCUGGCAUACUCCAUGGUCCUGGGCCGUCGCCAGGAACGCAUGAUGCUCAACUUCCGCCCACACAAUGUCUCGUUGAUCCUGCUGGGCACCGUCUUCCUGUGGUUUGGCUGGCUUGGUUUCAACGGUGGUUCUGCCUUUGGUGCCAAUGUCCGUGCGACCAUGGCUUGCUGGAACUCCAACAUCACGGCCGCCUUUGGCGCCAUCACCUGGGUUCUCCUCGAUUGGCGACUGGCUCGCAAAUGGUCCAUGGUCGGUUGGUGUUCGGGUACGAUCUCGGGCCUGGUGGCUGCCACGCCCGCGUCCGGUUUCAUCCCCCCGUGGGCCAGUGUCAUCCUGGGUAUCGUCACGGGCAUCGUGUGCAACUAUGCCACCAAGGUGAAAUACUGGAUUAGGAUCGAUGACUCGAUGGAUGUGUUCGCGGAACACGGUGUCGCCGGUAUUGUCGGACUCGUUUUUAACGCCCUGUUUGGAACCGACGCCAUUGUUGGACUUGACGGUGUCAACGUUGGCACGACGAACGCCACUACCGGCACCGCUGUCGGUGGCUGGCUCAUCCACAACUACCGUCAGCUGUACAUCCAGAUCGCCUAUAUCGUCGCCUGCUGCGCUUACUCCUUCGUCAUGUCCGCCAUCAUCGCCUAUGCGAUCAACGCCAUCCCCGGGUUGAACCUGAGAGCGUCCGAAGAGGCCGAGCUUCUGGGUAUGGAUGACGACCAGCUAGGAGAAUUCGCCUACGACUACGUCGAAGUCCGUCGAGACUACCUCGCCUGGACACCACAGAAGAACUGCCAGAUGGAGGACGGCCACCAGAUCCCGGCCGCGGAACGAUACGGCAUUGGCCCACACAGCGAGAUGCUCGAGGGCCGGACGCCCCUGGAGGGAGCCAGCAAGAGCAGCCGUGGAGGCAGCGAUGAGGAGAGCAUCGCACCCGCGCCUCGACAGGCCGAUCUGGAAGCUGCAGGACGGACUGUCGAGUUGAAGCCUGUGUCGGAGAAGGCCGAAGGGCCAUCUGCAUAGACUUGCGUCGUGCUUACGCCCUCUUUUUUCCUCUUCGCGUUCCCUUUUUUUUUUU